AUGUCGGACACCAAGCAGGAAGAGGUACAUGGUAUCUCUAGCGUAGUUGAGGAUACUCCGCAUGUCAUUGCCGGUUAUGGUGAAACUGCCAAGCGUGAAGGUGCGAAGACAAAGGACGUUCGCAACGCCGAGCUUUUUGCAGCUAUCGAAGAGACUAAAAUUGAGCGAUGGAGUAAAACGUCCAUUCAUUUGUACUUCUGCAUCUUCGUUGCGUUCCUCUGUGCCUGCGCGAACGGAUAUGACGGAUCUUUGAUGAGUUCGAUUCUGGCUAUGAGCCAUUAUCAGGAUGUUUUCAAGACCGGAAUGACCGGCGAAAAAGUAUCUGUGGUCACUUCGCUUUACACAGUUGGAUCCAUCGUCGCCACCCCGGUCAGUGCGGUUAUCUCUGAUAAACUCGGUCGUCGCAAGUGCAUGUUCAUCGGUGGUUGGGUAAUUAUCAUCGGCUCCAUCAUAAUCUCAACCGGCAUGACUUUGGCUCAAUUUGUGGUUGGGCGUUUCAUUCUUGGAGUUGGAAUUCAAAUCAUGGUUGUCUCGGCUCCGGCAUAUGCUGUUGAAAUUGCACCGCCACAUUGGCGUGGUCGCGCUGUUGGUUUCUAUAAUUGCGGGUGGUUUGGCGGAAGUGUGCCUGCUAGCAUCAUUACCUACGGCACCAAUUACAUGGACACUAACUACCAAUGGCGUGUUCCAUUCAUCUGCCAGUGCUUCGCAUGCGUCUUGGUCAUUAUAUUCGUCUGGUUCAUCCCCGAGUCUCCCCGUUGGCUGCUUGCUCAAGGAAGAGAUGAAGAGGCCCAUGCCUUCCUGACUAAAUACCAUGGAAACGGAGAUCCCAAUGCACGUCUCGUUCGCCUGGAAAUCGAGGAGAUGAAGGAAGGCAUUCGAAUUGAUGGUAUCGACAAGAGAUGGUGGGACUACCGCCCGUUCAUUACCACCCACAGUGGCCGUUGGCGUUUCAUGCAAGUCAUUAUGAUUUCUGUCUUUGGACAAUGGUCGGGCAAUGGUCUCGGAUACUUUAACUCGACCAUCUUUAAUGUGCUGGGAUAUAAGUCGAGCUCAAUGCAGCUGCUUCUCAACAUCAUCAACCAGAUAAUAUCCGCAGUUGCUGCCGGAACUGCCGUAUGCUUGACCGACAAGAUGCCGCGUCGCCCAGUUCUUAUCUAUGGUACCUUGGCCUGUGCCAUUACCAUGGCCAUCAAUGCCGCAAUCUCUAUCCCUAUCGCAGAGACGGGAAGUAUUAGCCACACCAAAGGUCAAGCUGCUUUGGCAUUCUAUUAUCUGUUCAACGUGGUCUUCUCUUUCACCUACACCCCAUUGCAGGGUGUUGUGCCCGCCGAGGCACUGGAGACCACUACUCGUGCUAAAGGAUUGGCUCUGUCUGGCUUUAUGGUCAGCUCCAUCAGUUUCAUCAGUCAGUUCGCGUCACCGAUCGGACUUGGCAAUAUCUCCACCAACUAUUUCUGGAUUUUCGUCGGUUGGGACCUGCUCGAGGUGGUGUUUUGGUAUUUCUUCUGUGUCGAGUCGCAGGGCCGUACCCUCGAGGAGCUUGAGUGGGUUUACCAACAGCCCAACCCAGUUAAGGCGUCUCAGAGCUUGGACAAGGUUGUUGUGCAGCAAGAUGGUACUGUCACUGAGAAGAUUGAAGUCGGGGCUUAG